UAGAUUAAUAAUGCAAAUGAAUUUCCAAGUAUCAAUAUUUGCCUGCCUGUCAAGGGUGCCUUUGAGACGGAAUUGAACAUGCACUCUGGUACAUACAUAUAUCUACAAGUAGGUAUGCACUAUAAUUCUAAAACAUGAGCUUGUCACAACUAUGUCUUUCAGCUCGUAAAAUGCUAUCAGGACCCUUGAGAAAUUCAUGCAGUGCUCAAGACCGUGUAACCAUGUGCUUGUCGUGGUCCUAUUCCUGAGUUACGACUAUCAUAGUGCCUCAACUCCCCCGGCCAACGAACGAGAUCCCGUCGCCGGCCUCGCACAUGUUCGUAAACCGAUCGUGGAUUCGUUCACUAUCUGCUCAACCCGGGCGCUACCUCGGUGCGUGAAAAACAAACUAUUUCUUACAUCAAAAUCAUGAGCAAAUAUUUGUUUGUUGUCCAUCUAAGCGCAAAGCAAUGGAGAAUAUGUACGGGUAACUCCAGGCGCCAGUGCUGCCAUGUUGAUUCUGCUUAAACCUGAUACGCCUAAUCGUCCUUUUGCAUAUGUAAUUUCGGAAACCGAAUACUGGUCCAUUUCGUCGAGGCGUGCCCAACCUAAUUCCUCUUUUAUUUCUUCGGGCUGAUCAGUAAAUUCCUACACGCUGCUGUCUAGGAGCUCUUGGUCAACCUGCAUAUUACUCAGGUCUGCAAGACUGUCGGAGGACCCAAUGGACUGCUCCCAGUCUUGGAUUCGUCAGUCACAUUCGGAGCCGAAGGCCACAGCUCGUAAAACCU